AUGGGGCUCGGCGUUCAAGAAGACAAGAAGCUGGACCACGUCCCUGGAACGGUACUGCUCAACGACGAGGCAGCGCACUCAGAGGCCAUCACCGAGGGCCUGAAGCACGGCAAGGGUCGUGAUGCCCAUAUUGUCCUCUCACCCCAGCCUAGCGAAGACCCCAAUGAUCCUCUCAAUUGGCCACUGUGGAAGAAAGAGGUCAUCACCGCCAUUUUGUGUCUCGGCGCCAUGCUUAAUGCCGGAACCAAUGGCCCAUUCCUGAAUGCCUCGUAUUUCGAGAUUGCGGAACAAAUUAAAACUCCAUUGACAACGGCCGUACUCGUGUCAGGUUAUAACCUCCUCGCAGCGGGUUGCUCCGGUCCUUUUGUCUGUGCGUUCAGCCGCAAAUAUGGCAAACGACCCGUCUUCCUGGUUUCGACGCUCUUCGACAUUAUCGGCACCGCAAUCGGCGAGGCGAACGUUAGCUACAAGUAUCUGCUUGCCGCUCGUAUUGUUCAAGGCUUCUCGACAUCAGCUUUCGAAUCUCUUAUUGUCUCCACCGUUGGUGAUAUGUAUUUUGUGCACCAGCGAGGUCUCCGCAUUUCUCUCAUCAAUUUCAUCCUGAACGCCGCAUCCAGUCUCGCAUCAAUCAUCUGUGGCCAAGUCUAUCAGAGCCUUGGCUAUCUCUGGCUAUUCCACAUGUUUCAGAUAUUCUUGGUGCUCCAAUUUGUCCUCAUGUUCCUCUUCUGCCCGGAAACGACAUAUAUUCGAGAUGUUCGCUACGAAACGGAUCUUACGCGAAACAGGGACGAGAAAUUGACAGAGCUGGCAACCAUUGAGCACUCACAUAAGGAACACGUCGCCGAGCCAGGGGCUACGGCGGACCAGACGAUCGUUCCCAAGAAGAAAACGUUCGUCCAAGAACUUGCGGUCUGGACGGGCGUCUAUUCGCCCGACAACGUCUUCAAGUACCUUCUUGGGCCUUUCCUUACCUUGCUCAACCCUGCUGCUUGUUAUGCUGUCAUCGCUUCUGGCCUCUUGAACAGCUGGUACGUUGGUUCGGCGAUCAUUCUGUCGGGCGUCUUCUCCGGCAAGCCGUGGGUUUAUAACGCCGCCGAAAUUGGCUACCUCGGUGCAGGCCCCUUUCUUGGUGGCCUCGUGGGCUCCCUCGUCACCGGAUUUUUCGGCGAUCAUGUCAUCAAGUACAUCACCAAGAAGAACAAGGGCACAUACGAGCCUGAAUUCCGCUUGGUCUUCAUGCUCCCAGCGUGCAUUGGCUGUGGUAUAGGCAUGUUUUUCUUCGGUUACACCAUGCAAAAGGGCUCUCCGUCAGAAUUGUGUGCGUUUUUCCAGGGCGUCAUGAUGUUCGGCGUCCUGAUUGGUAUCUUUUCAUCCCUGUCGUACGGUCUUGAUUCUUUCCGAAACCAGAGUAACGAGAUCUUCGUCAUGAACAUGCUCUUUAAGAACUUCAUGUUUUAUGGCCUGUCGAACUUUGCAAACAACUGGGUCGCCGCGGACGGUCCUUCACAGAUUAUGUAUGUCUUCGGUGGAACCUCGGUCUUCCUGUGUCUCAUGGCCGUUCCGGUGUAUAUUUACGGCAAACGAAUGAGGAGUUGGUGGGCUAGGCACGAUUUGUUCAAAACCUUGAAGAUGGAGACCCACGGGCCUGUCAGCGAAAUGGGAUAA